AGCGGUGUCUAUAUAAUCCUGGAUUGGGCCUUUAGUCAGGACCUGUGGUUAGCAGAGGAAAAUUGCUGCUGAGCAACUGGAGAGAGACCAAAGAGAGAAAGACCGAGAGAGAGAGAGAGGGCUCGUAUUAACAAACUUGUAUUGGCCCUGAGGUACAGUGAUGGUUCCGGUCAGCCUGCGCUCAAGCGGCUGAACUUAAUAUCCAGUUGAACCCAAAAUAACGCAAACUCCUUGUCGCAGUUUCAGUAGUUCAGCGCGCUUUUUGAGCACAUCAUAGGCAUUAGGGAGCAUUCAGUUAGCUAGCCGGCUAAAGGAUUGUUUCCGGCAUCUAGUAAGUGAAGGUAAAAGCGCAGCAAUCUUGCAGUGGGCUCAUUGCUUGGUAUGUGUUUUUACCUUCGUGUUAUGGACGAAUGGUUUUGGACACGAUAAAAUAAACCACUGGUUGUUUGGCUAGCUUGGUUGGAAGCUUCCCUUUGCUAGCUCGUUAACGCUGACUCUAGACGCUUGAUGGGCUGUACACUUCAUUAGCAUCGCGUGGUUUAGUUUCACACAAUAUAUAUAAAAAUAAUAUUGUUUAAAUCUCAUAUUGGGCAUCAAGCGGGCGCAGGGUCCAGCUAAACCGCCUGGACGUGCCUGUGUGCGACUCUGUCUGGUGUGAAAGUUAGCUAGUUGUAGCAUCAGCGGAGUGAGGAGUAACUUGAAGGGUUUUUUGUGUAGAAGCAGGUGCUUGGAGUGUCCAAGACAGAAGCUAUACUUUGGUCUUCUGCCUCAGUCAUGGACAAAGAUGCCUGUAUAGAGGAUCAGGAAAAUGGCACUAAAAUGACCCACACUGUGAAGACACCUUUACUGACUUCUGCCUAUCGAUACACCAAGGAGGAGCUUUUGGAAAUCAAAGAGCUGCCAAUUUCAAACGAAAGACCAGAAUGCCUGUCUCAGAAAUAUGACAGUGACGGGGUGUGGGAUCCUGAAAAAUGGCACGCGUCGUUGUAUCCCUCGGAGUGUGACUUGUCCGUAGAGGGAUACAAGAAGGACUAUGCUGAGGAUAGACCUCCCCUGAAACGUAGAAUUGCUGACCCACGAGAGCGUAUUAAGGAGGAUGAUUUGGAGGUAGUUCUUAGUCCCCAGCGUCGCAGUUUUGGAGGUGGCUGCCAAGUGGCACCUGCCGCACUGAAUCGGCGUCCUGUCAGCCCCCUUGAGAAUAAAGAGAAUGAGUCUCUUCGUCUUGGGGGUACACGGCGUAUCGGAAGUGGUCGAAUCAUGGCGGCACGUGGGUUUGAGAGGGAUAUUCGGAUGGACAAAGAAAGGGACCGUGAAAGAGAGCGUGACUUCAAAGACAAGAGAUUCAGGAGGGACUUUGGUGACAAAAGAGUGUUUAGUGAGAGGAGGAGAAACGACUCUUAUGCUGAAGAGGAGCCUGAAUGGUUUUCUGGUGGACCUACAAGCCAGUCAGAGACCAUUGAACUUAUUGGCUUUGAUGAUAAAAUCUUAGAGGAUGAUAAACGGAAAACGAAGCGAUCAAGAAAGCGGACAGAGUCUAUAAAAGAAGUUGAGUGCAAUGGUGGUCUUUCAGAAGAGGGACAAGUGAUUCGAGAGACGGGAGCUGAUCAGGAGGUGCCUCAUCCGGACAUUCUAUCUGAACAAACAGCUGGGGAGUUUGACUUCAAUGAGUUUUUUAAUCUGGAGAAGACAAUGCCUGGCUUGGCUUCGAUGAUUGAAGAUGUGCUUGGUGAAGGGCCAGUCAUGGCCAGCCGGUUCAGCCGCUGGUUCAACAGUAAUCAGAGUCCCUCUGGUAGUCGUUCUAGCAGCCUGCGCUCUACCCCACACGAUGAGCUUGAGAAACUCGCAGUUCCCCACGCUAGUUCUCCUAGUCAAGGCCCUACACCCUACUUCACGCCAAUUUCCUUGGAAGAGCGGAAAGAGAAGGUAGACAUCUUGGAGCUACUCCAUAAAGCCAAAAUUGACCUUAAGCCUCUUCUCUGCAGCUUAAAUGCAAACAAGGCCCAUCUCAAGGAGAGCACUAAUUCUGGGGUAGUGUUGUCUUUGGAGGAGGUAGAGAGUGGCUUAAAGGGGCUCAAGGUCCAGAGUGAACAGCCUCAGCCAUCCCGCAGGCAGCUGCAGGCUCAGGGUGGAGGGACUCCUUUCAUGGCCGAGCACCUUGAAGAAGCUCUUACAGGGGGCACGGGGGUCAUGUCCCGACCCCGUGAUCCAGACAUGUCUGCGUUCAACAAGUUGGUGAGCUGUAUGAAGGCAAGUGGAACCCUGCCCACCCAGCCCAAGGCCAGCUCGAGCAGUCUGCAGCAGUCUGCAGAUCCUGCCAUCCUGAGCACAAUCACUGAGGCUCAGGUACCUGCCAUACAGCAGAAGAAUAUCUUCCAGGAGUUGUUGGGUGUUCAGGGAGCUCCACGGGCCAGUUCUCCGCUCUUAAGUGGUCUGUUGGCAAACCCUGAAGUGGCACCUGCUUCCGCUCCUGGCCUCUUGCACCACCGUGGAUCCUCACCCCCUUUUUUUCCACACAGAGGUCCCAUUCAGGAUUUUUAUGCAGGCAUGCAGACAGGAACAGGCUUCCCUGUUGUCACACAACAAAUUCUGGGGGACCAAAUUUCUGAGAUGCACAGAGCUUUAAGUCCAGUCCCCACCCCACAACAGGUAAACAUUAUUUGUACAAUUAUCAUCAUUGUGGAAUUAUAUGGGAAUAUAGGAAUAUUUUAUGUAUUUCAGUUGAGGGCUAUGUCCAUGGCAAUGGAACAGGCAGAAUUGGAUGCCAUGAUGUUCCAGCAGGAUCUGGCGUUACAUGGUCGCCAGUACCAGCAAGUCUACAACAAACAUAACCUUGACAAGUCCUUCCGGAACAGGCAGACUAGGAUUAACAGGUCCCCUGGCCCUCAUCUGCCAGGCAGGAAUUCCCCUGUCACUGCAGUCACUAGUAUGCUGUCGCCAUCUUUUACUCCAACCUCAGUAAUAAAAAAGAUGUACGAGUCAAAGGAAAAGACUAAAGAUGAACCAAUGAGUAGACCAGGAAGCAAAGAGAACACUGCAAACUCACAGGAAGACAGUCCCUCCCCCAGCUCCUUCCUUGAUGGUGUAGACAGUGGUGUUCCUCAAGCAGGUGGUGCAAAAGCCUGUUCCACCCCUGUAUCUGCCCAGAAUCGCCAUUUAAAGGACGGUGAGCGAGCCAGGCCUAGCGCCACCACAGGGCAUCACACUCCUGCUAUGCUGUCCCCAGGGUCCUCUUCCUCUUUCCCCAGACCCAUUUACCCAGUACCGCUUCUGUCUCACAUCCCCAUAGUUAGGCCUCCACCACCACAGCUGCAUCCUGGUAUGGUACAGAGGAUGAUUGCCCAGGGCAUCCAGCCCCAGCAGCUUGGACCUGCACUCCUACAAACCGGAAUUUUCCCCCAAAGUGUGGAUCUGUCCCAGUUGCAAGGUCUGCCUCCUGCUCUCUUAAGCCAGCCUCUGUAUCCACUGGGCACUACAGCGCACCCAUUAAUUCCCCCUAGAGCUGCUGGACCACACAUGCAGUUAGCAGUCAUGCAGCAGUUCCAACAGCAGCCAAGACCUAAUAUACAUGUGGUGCCCACUGGAACCCCUCAGUCACAGAGCAACAGCACACAUCGGACAACUCACUCUCAGCGGCGAGCAGGAAGCCCACCUCUAGGCCUUGCCAAGUGGUUUGGCUCAGACGUUCUACAGCAACCCCUCCCUUCCAUGCCUUCUACUAAAGUAAUCAGUGUUGAUGAACUGGAGUUCCGCCAGUGAGGAUCCUGCAGCAAGUCACUGAGUAAAACAAGACCUCUCUUCCUCAUGGCCCUGUUUAGUUAAGAGAAAAUGUGAACUUUAAUUUCUAUAAUGUACAGGUGUUGGAGCCCUGUGUUUUAUAUGCUCAGUCAUAAAGCUUACAGAUGUUAAUUGAUAGGCCUAGAAGUUAAGAGUCCUGGACUUUUCUUUGGUUUUUUUUUUUGUUUUUUUUUUCCCCUGUUGAAAUUGCCUAUCAAAUUAUUUAGGGAUUUUUUUUUUUUGUUUAUUUGCAGUAAAUAAUGUAUAGGCCAGAAUUGUACAGACUAUGGUUUUUUCUUUUUUUUUUCUUUCCCUUCCUCCCUGUACAUAGCUUUCUUUUGUUUUGCUGUGUGGAAGGUAAAGUAUAGGGCCACUGGGGAGUUGCCCCCUACCCUGGCUAUCCUUUUUGUCAUAAGUAGAGGGGUUCUAUAGUUUGCAGUCUUUUUGAUUUAGUCUGUGUGGGAAUAGACUGCACUGCUAUGACUGGUUUUUCGAACAAGAGGGACCCACAGGUGUAUGAACAAUAAUUUCCCACCCAGUACACCAAGAGUAGCUGGAACCCGCUGGAGCUGAGCCCAAGUGGGGCUACAGUAUGUAUGUGCCUUUUUUCCCCACCUUCUUCCUUUAUGCCCUCUCCCCAACUUUCACUUCCUCCCCUACCCGGUCACUGAGAGAAGCACUGCGUUGAAUCACGUUUUGUUUUAGGGUGGCAGGGGUUGAAUUAAAGGAAUUGUGCUACUAAAUAAAGAAGCACAAUAAAAGGUUCAUUAAAAAAUCACUUUUGUUCA